AUGACAUGGAUAUCUUACCACCAGUUUUUCGCAACACACACAGCGUUGUGCAACGAAGACGCUCGCUUUAAAGCGGGAUUCAACUUCUGCUUACCGAUUUCUGGACGGAAAGACACACCGUUUUGUCUCGCUGCGGACCGUAGCGACUUGCUUCAUACCCGCUCACACAAGUCAAUCUGUUACGCUAGUGCGCUGCACAUGUUGUUGGUCGAGGUCUAUGAAGAGCUACAGGCGACCGGGAAUACUCCUCUGAUCAUCUUUGGCUCCUUAUUAGGAGCUGUACGGAAUGGCUCGAUGAUCCCGUUCACGGAAGACACGGAUAUCGGAAAGGGCUAUCACAUGUUCUUUAAAGGGGUUUGGAGGGUGUGUGUAGCUCCAACACAUCCACUUGCAAGUCACUUAUACGACCCGAAUCGACCACUUACCGGGUAUAUGGGCGUGCCCUACGUGGAUCUAUACCGGAUGAAGGAUCUCCAUAACGGUAAUUGGGACGUCGAGGAGCUCAAUAGUAAGUAUGGUCGACUUCUACCGAGACAGAACGUGGAGCCGUUCUUACAGAUAACGAUCAAUGGGAUGCCGUUCGAUACGGUUAAUGACCCACUUUUCUUUUUGAGACGGGCGUACGGACAGAAUUACAUGACUCCAAGGCGGCGAGGAUCCGCUUUCGUGAAGCCCAGCGCGUCGACGGCGACAAAAAAGCAGUAA